AUGAAAAACACUUGGGACUGGCGCAACCGUAUUGUUACAUACUUGCAGGAUGGCGUACUUCCAAAUGAUAAAAAGGAAGCCAAGAAACUUCGGAUACAAGCAUCCAGGUACAGCAUCAUUCAUAACGACCUAUACAAGAGGACGUAUGGCGGCCCCCUGGCGAAAUGCUUAGGUUCGAAUCAAAUGCGGCGCGUCCUAGAAGAAGUCCACGAAGGCCACUGCGGAGCUCAUUCUGGCAAUCAAGCUCUGGUCAAAUGUCUCAUACGGGCUGAAGCAGGAGCAUUCUCCCAGAUACGCGAACAAGAAGUGAUCGCCUUCAUAUGGAAAAACAUCGUGUGCCGCUUCGGCCUCCCCAAAGAGAUCAGUUGCGACAACGGACCCCAAUUCACUGGAAAAAAGGUCGUCGAAUUCUUUGAGAAGUGUCAUAUCAAAAGAAUAAUCUCAACAUCGUACCACCUCGCGGGCAACGAGCAAGCGGAAUCCUCCAAUAAAUCAAUACUGAACAUCAUGAAGAAAAAGCUUGAGGACUAUGGCCGAAGUUAUUACCAGAAGUGUUUUGGGCCUACUGUACAACGCCGAAGACAAGCACAGGAGAGACACCCUACUCAUUAG